AGGCUGGCUGAGGUUACGAAAGCAGAGAUGGGGUGGUUGUUGGCGGGAGGGGGGACCAAGGGGAUGGGCUGGCCUGUCCUCACCACCCCAUCCGGCCGCCUGCCCGUCCUCCCCAGGGCGGGGAAGGGGGUGGGCCAGCUCCCCCAAAGCCCCGGGAGAACAGGCUGUUGUGGGGGGUGGCCUGGGUCUGGAGAUGGGGGGCAGUGGUGGCCACAGCAGAGACUCCAGGAGGUGACCGCCUGGUUUCCAUUAGGGAGUCCUGGUCAGCAGCUUGGGCGAGACGGCAGAGUCAGGGCUGGCCAUGUGGUUAAGCCUGCUGCUGUUCCUGCUGUUGCCGGGCCCCCUGCCCGUGGCUGGCAUGGAGGACGCUGCCUUCCCUCACCUGGGGGAGAGCUCGCAGCCCCCGCCCCGGGCCUGCCCCCCGCGCUGCUCCUGCCCCCGAGUCGACACUGUGGACUGUGAUGGCUUGGACCUUCGGGUGUUCCCGGACAACAUCACCAGAGCUGCUCAGCACCUCUCCUUGCAGAACAACCAGCUCCAGGAACUCCCCUACAAUGAGCUGUCCCGCCUCAGUGGCCUGCGAACCCUCAACCUCCACAACAACCUCAUCUCCUCAGAAGGCCUUCCUGACGAGGCCUUCGAGUCCCUCACCCAGCUGCAGCACAUCUACGUGGCUCACAACAAGCUCUCAGUGGCCCCUCAGUUUCUGCCCCGGUCCCUCCGCGUCGCGGAUCUGGCUGCCAACCAAGUGAUGGAGAUCUUCCCCCUCACCUUUGGGGAGAAGCCGGCACUCAGGUCCGUGUACCUCCACAACAACCAGCUGAGCAACGCUGGCCUGCCCCCUGACGCCUUCCGCGGCUCCGAGGCCGUCACCACCCUCAGCCUCUCGAACAACCGGUUCAGUUACCUGCCGCCCAGCCUGCCACCCUCACUUGAGCGGCUCCACCUGCAGAACAAUCUCAUCUCCAAGGUGCCCCGAGGAGCCCUGAGCCGCCAGACUCAACUCCGCGAGCUCUACCUCCAGCACAACCAGCUGACUGACAGCGGCCUGGAUGCCACCACCUUCAGCAAGCUGCAUAGCCUUGAAUACCUGGAUCUCUCUCAUAACCAGCUGACCACCGUGCCCGCCGGCCUGCCCCGGACCCUGGCUAUCCUGCACCUGGGCCGCAACCACAUCCGACAGGUGGAGGCAGCUCGGCUGCACGGGGCGCGCGGUCUGCGCUAUUUGUUGCUGCAGCACAACCAGCUGGGGAGCUCAGGGCUGCCCGCCGGGGCUCUGCGGCCGCUGCAGGGCCUGCACACGCUGCACCUCUAUGGCAAUGGGCUGGACCGCGUGCCUCUGGCCCUGCCCCGCCGCCUGCGUGCCCUGGUGCUGCCCCACAACCACGUGGCCACGCUGGGUGCCCGCGACCUGGCCGCCACACCGGGCCUGAUGGAGCUUAACCUGGCCUAUAACCGCCUGACCAGCGCCCGCGUGCACCACCGGGCCUUCCGCCGGCUGCGCACCCUGCGCAGCCUGGACCUGGCGGGGAAUCAGCUAACCCGGCUGCCCAUGGGCCUGCCCACUGGCCUGCACACCCUGCGGCUGCAACGCAACCAGCUGCGGAUGCUCGAGCCCGAACCUCUGACCGGCCUGGACCAACUGCAGGAGCUCAGCCUGGCGCACAACCGGCUCCGGGUCGGUGACAUCGGGCCAGGCACCUGGCAUGAGCUCCAAGCCCUCCAGGUCAGGCACAGGCUGGUUAGCCACACUAUCCCCAGGGCCUCUCCAUCCCCCUGCCUGCACUGCCACAUCCCAAACAUUCCAGUUAGCUGGUCAAGCAAUCAGAACAAGAAAAUGUUAAGAGUGGGUUAGAAGGUGAUGAGGAGGCUGGGUGAGGUGGCUCAUGCCUGUAAUCCCAGUGCUUUGGGAAGCCAAGGCAGGAGAAUUGCUUUAGGCUAUGGGUUUGAGACCAGCCUGGCAACAUAGCAAGACCCUAUCUCUACCAAAAAAACGUAGCCAAGCGUGGUGUUGCAUGCCUGUAGUCCCAGCUAUUCAGGAGACUGAGGCGGGAGGAUCGCUUGAGCCCAGAAGUUUGAGGCAGCAGUGAGCCAUGAUCGGGCCACUGCCCUUCAGACUGGGCAACACAGCAAGACCCUGUCUCUUGAAAAAAAAAAGUGAUGAGAGAGGUAUGGUGCAAUUGACUGAAUCAUUUAAUCAAGUGGGGACCCGUCUGUCUGUGCCUUCCCGGGAAGGGCCUUAGUUUACCACUGCAGAGGGGAGGAAUUUGGCAGUCAUGUGGGGUGGGGGCAGAAGGGACAGGCUGGUAUGAAGGAGGCAGGAGACUUUCAAGGAGAGAGGUUGGGGGCUGGCUGAGCUGAGUGGCCCAGGCCUGCGGCUGCCACGACACCAUCUAUAACCCCCUGCCCAGAUGCUGGACCUCAGCCACAACGAGCUGUCCUUUGUGCCCCCGGACCUGCCUGAGGCCCUGGAGGAGCUGCACCUUGAGGGCAAUCGCAUCGGCCACGUGGGCCCCGAGGCCUUCCUCAGCACGCCCCGCCUGCGUGCCCUCUUCCUCAGGUGCCCCGAGGGUGGCUGGAGGGGUGGAGGUGGGCAGGGGAGGGCCUGGGAGGGUCACGACCGCCUCUCUGUGCAGGGCCAACAGGCUUCACAUGACGAGCAUCGCGGCCGAGGCCUUCCUGGGGCUCCCAAACCUGCGCAUGGUGGACACAGCAGGGAAUCCGGAGCAGGUCCUGAUCCAGCUGCCUCCCACCACCCCACGUGGGCCACGGGCAGGGGGCCCCUGAUCCUGGAGAGGUCCAGCAGAGCAGCCCAGACUCCUGGGGCUCCGCUGGGCCGUGGACUGAAGAGACAACACCCACUGUGGGCCCUCUGUCUGGCUCUCCUGGGCCUCCAGGGCUGGGCCUGCUCUGCCUGGCACUGGCCAAGGCACCGAGGCACGCAGCUGGCAUACUCCAGGCUCACAGACCACGCUGGCCUGGCAGGACACGCCCUACCCCAAACUCCCAACACGGACGGAGGCAUCAACAAUAAAGCCAAACCCUUCCAGC